CUGCACUGAAGAGCUUACUGGUAGAAUUAAUCCCUAAAGAGACCUGAAGUGGGUUUCAGGAUGGUGAAAGAAGAGCCCCCAAGUACUUCAAAGGACUUUCAGGAGCUGCAGAGGAGGGUGUCUUUGCUGAUAGCGUCUGUCCAGAGUAACUCAAAGGUGGUUGCCUUCAUGAAGUCUCCAGUGGGCCAGUACCUGGACAGGCAUCCUUUUCUGAGCCUCACCUUGCUGGUGUUUGCUGCUGUGUCAGCCGUUCCUGUUGGCUGCUUCCUGCUCCUCGUGGUGCUCACCUCCCUGGCUGCGUUUUUGGGAGUCAUAUUACUAGAAGGACUGGUCAUAUCUGUGGGCAGCCUCUCACUGCUUUGUGUCCUCUGUGGCUUGGGCUUCGUGUCACUCAUCAUGUCAGGGACAAUCAUAGUGUCCUACAUGGUAGUCUCCAGCCUCGUCAACUACUGGUUUUCUCCCAGAGGGGAUCCUGAUAGAUGUGACAUCUGGGGAAAUACUCCUUUACAUUAUGCAGCCUCCAAUGGUCAUGCCCACUGUGUCUCAUUUCUGAUCAACUUUGGAGCCAACAUCUUUGCCCUGGACAACGAUUUACAGUCUCCACUGGAUGCUGCUGCCAGCAGAGAGCAGAAUGAAUGUGUUGGUCUCUUGGAUAAUGCUGCCACUGCCCAGAACAUCAUGAACCCCAAGAAGGUCACCAGGCUGAAGGAGCAGGCUCAGAAGAAUGCCAGGAGGCAGAUCAAAGAGUGUGAGAGGCUCCAGGAGAAGCACCAAAAUAAGAUGGCCCGCACCUACAACAAGGAGGAAUCUGGGACUCUUUCUUCUUCCAAGGACACUUUCUCCAGGUCAUCCCUUUCAAAUGUUUCUGCUUCCAACACAUUUGGGUCACUGUCUAAGGGCAUUAAAGACACCUUUAAAAUAAAGUUCAAGAAGAACAAAGAUACAGCAGAGCCGUUAGGGAAGGAGAGAACAAGUGGGCAGAAGAAUGUGAUGGAAGUGUUCAGAGAGGAGGACGAAGACCCCUUCUCAGGGCACUUCAAAGAGAAGCUCCAGUUCUCAGUAAAGGCGGACAGCUGUGUGCAACACGAAUCCAUUCUCAACCGUCCAGGUCUAGGAAAUGUUGUUUUUAGAAGGAACAGAAUAUUGAGCCCUGAAGACAUCUCAGACAGCAAGAGGGAGUUGGGGUUGAAAAUGCCCGGUGAAUUGCUUCAGAGACAAGGAGGACCUGAGGCUGAUGAAGAGGGAGCGGAAAACCACCACGAAGAUGAUCUGCCUUGGGAUGAGGAUGAAGUGGAAUGGGAGGAAGAUGUGGUUGAUGCUACUCCCCUGGAAGUGUUCUUGCAGUCCCACUGCCUGGAAGAAUUCCUUCCUAUUUUCAUGAGAGAGCAGAUUGAUCUGGAAGCUCUGCUGCUUUGCUCUGAUGAGGACCUUCAGAGCAUACAGAUGCAGCUGGGUCCCAGGAAGAAAGUCCUUAGUGCCAUAAACAGAAGGAAGCAGGUGCUACAACAGCCUGGGCAGUUGGUCGACACCAGCCUCUGAUGGAGUGUUGGGUCAACUGGGUGAGUCUGCAGCAGUGGGGUGAUGCUGUGGCCCACUGGAAACAUUUCAGGCAUUACCCACUCUCUACCCAGUACCAGACUACUGGGUUUCUAGGGUUUUGGAGGUGUCCAUCUAAGAGGCCCAAAUUCUACUCUGAGAAAUACUCUAUACCUGUCCACAUAAACCACUAAUGAGAAACUCAAGGAGACCUGGGAAUAAGAAAAUGACAUUUCUCUUCCAUUAUCUUUUUGAUAUUUUUGAAUACAGAAAGGAUUAAAUGGAUGACAGAGAAGGGAAAAACUUCCUUCACUUUCCUAACUCUGGACUUAAAAUUAUAAUCUCUCAUCAUAUUAGCUGCUGCUUAACUUCUGGUCCUCAUAGCUAGGGAUUCGAACUCCAGUUCUGUCCUUAGCUCUAUGACUUUACCUGUUGGUGGAGACUAAAGUUCCUCCAUUGGCCCGUGGCGUGAUGCCCAACUUAAAUGUGUCUAACCCUUCAACAGAUGUUCACAUGUUCACAAGUAAUAGAAAUGGGUCUAUAGUACUCCUGCCUGGGAACAGAGAGAGGAUGGCAGGUAGAGAGAGAGGACAAAGAAACAGAAUGUAUGGUACCUGUAUGGACUGAAUUUUCUCCCUCCAAAAUUCUUAUGUUGAAACCGUAAUCCCUAAUGUGACUGUAUUUGAAGAUAUUACCUUUAUUAAAGAGCUGAUUAAGGUUAAAUGAGGUCAUAAAGGUGAGGCCCUAAUUCCAUAUGACUGUUGUCCUUUGAAGAGGUAGAGACACUGGAGAUGUGCACACACGCAGAAUAGGCUAUGUGAAGACACAGCAAGAAGGCAGCCAUCUGAAAGCCAAGGAGGAAAGCCUCAGGAGAAAUCAAACCUUCUAUCACCUUG